AUCAUGCUGAUCUCGGGUAAAGCUCCAUUUUCCUUCAUUUGCAGGCAUGCACGUUCUACUUCAGGUCCGUGCGGUUUUAAUCGCGUCAUCAAGACCAUGUAUAAAAAGACGACGGUAUCGGGCACUCCGAAACCAGUCGCAUUAUGAUACUCCUCGUGUUCUUGGUGUCUUUUGGCCUUCUACCCAUCUCGUCUUUGUCUCAAGACGUCGAUCGAAGGGCUGCUCCUUGGUGGGACGCCCUCGAGGAUGAACAGUUCUACCGCCAAUGCCAAAGUAGUUGCACCAAACAGUCCCGUGGGGUCCGGACCCAGGUCACCCUCUGCGAUGAUACUGAGGUUUGUCGAGGUUUAAAGCGAACCUUGGAUGAGGUCGCCACAGAGAAGUGUCUGGCUUGGCAGGAAGCCAACGUGGUCCCGGAGCUUACAUUUCUAGGAGAGGGACGCCGGUUCAAGCACGAGCCCGCCAUUGGGAACUGGAUCUCAUGUGCCAUCUUCUGCAAAACUGAUCACCGCCAAUGGUACUCACCCCGUCGAGAAUUGGGCAGACAAGCCUUUUUCCAGGAUGGAAUUUGGUGUCACAACAACGGGAGAGAAGACUUCUACUGCCAGAAGAACCUUUGCUUGCCCGAGGGGUAUGAAGUCAAUGACGCUGUGAGGUCUGCCCAACUGGCUAUGGAAUCAGAUCUAGAGAAUGUUGUGAUUGACGACGAAGUUUUGGCUCUUUGAGAAACAUGACUGAUUUUUCAAGAAAUGUUCUUAGUAUUUGACGAGAGAUUUAUCUUCUAAUGUAAGCUAAAUGAUUAUAAAUUAUGCAUUCUAGUCAUAAAUAAGGAUUUAAAAAAAGUUAUGGACGGCCAGCCAUCUCUUGACAGGUUACAAGUUACUUUGUAUCUUCCCGCGCGCGGCAAAUUGUGCGGAAACGUUUUUCAGACAAUGGUAAUUUUUUGUAACAAUUUGAGGCUGUUGGCGUUGCGGAGGAUUUGGGCGAAAGUGAGGAGCUCGCUGGGUUCCACGUCCCAGGUCAUAACGGACCCAAUGUGACGCAGUUUUCCCCGCGUACUGAUAAGUCUUAAAGCCGAGAUUAGGGUCAGCGAAACAUCCUUGAUGAUCAGGGACUCCAACCGGUUCAAUGGAUUGUGCGCGAUGAUUUCCUCAAUCACGAAAUCGUUGAAGAAGUACGCCGUUUCUGGGAAAGAUAAGUAGAGCUUUUCGAUAUCGGGACAACCACCCAAAAAAAAUCGAAAGAACUCCUUUCCACGUCGCCCUAUGUCAAUUUGGGAGAGACAAACCGAGGUCAAAAACGGCAUUUUCAGAACGGGCAAACCUUCGUAGGCGUUGAAAGCCGCAUCCAGUUUCAACCGAUUGAAGCUGAGACGCUCCAAGAACUUGCAAUGGGUGGCAAUGGAUUGCAAGUCGUACAAGGUGACUCUGAUCUCCGGGGUGCAUUCAAUACCUAGUGAUGAAAUUCGGUCGCCGCAAGAACUCAAGAAUUCCUGAAGCCCAAAAAGCGAAGUAUGUGAUGAGGAAGUGUACAUGAGAGACACGUGGUCCAAAGAGUUAGGGCAGGUCUUCAAGGUUUGGCCCAAAUUCGACAAGGCAUUUGUGACGUGCAAUUUGAAGGUCCUCAACUUGGGACAAAUGGGCAUGACCUCACUCAAGUUGUCCGAGCCGGUGUAGUGAAUCAGUUUCAAUGGAGGGAUGCGGUCUGGCUUGGGGUGAUAAGUUCCAUUGCCAGGGCCAAGAUAGUAGUACUUGAUGCCCUCAUGGAGUUGGUUCAUGUCAAGGACCUCGAUCAUCCUCAAAUGUUUGAGGAGACAAGCCAAUACUUUGGGCAUUAUGGUUGUGAUAGGCUUGAAUACCGGGUCGCUGGUGUGAGGGUUCAAGACGAGCUCUUUCAAAUAUUUGCAACCAGUAGCGG